AUGGCGCACCACACCGCCUCUCCACUCCGCGCCCUCUACCGAGUCUUUGUACUCCCCGCGCUCUCUCAAUCCGCAACAACAACUCGCGCCCGCCUAAUCCCAACAGUCCACCCAUCAUCAUCAACAACCCGCCCAUACUCCCACACUCCCCUCCUCUCAGCCAAAACCCGCCCAGCCGAACAACGCCGGCAAAAAUGGGACUCGGAAAUCACCUCGCUCCGAAUCUACCUCAUAGACCCAGAAACCAACGCCCUCCCCCCCACCCCCGUAACCCGCUACGACACCCUCAAAACCCUCGACACCCGCACCCAUCGUCUCGUCCAAUUGAGUCCAGAUGAACCGAACAAUCCUUCUUUCAUCCCCGUCUGCAAAAUCAUCUCCAAGAAAGAAGCAUAUAUCUCCGAACAGAAGAAGAAAUUGGCGGCGAAGGAGGCCAAGAAAGUCAAUGCGCGAGGCAGUGAGGCGGGGAUGAAGACGUUGGAAUUGAACUGGGCGAUUGAUACGGGGGAUUUGGCACAUCGGUUGGAGAAGUUGAGGGGGUUUUUGGAGGAGGGGAGGAGGGUGGAGGUGUGUUUCCGGGGGAAGAAGAGGGGGAGGAAGGCGAGUUUGGAGGAGUGUGAGAAGGUUUUGGAGCAGGUGAGAGAGGUUGCGCAGGGGGUGGAUGGGGUUAGGGAGAAGGGUUUGGAGGGGAAGAUUGGUGGGGUGGCGAGUGUGGAGUUUUUUGUCAAGGGUGGUGGUGGUGGAGCCAAGGGUGGAGGAUCGAAAGGGAGGGAGGAGGAUGAUGAUGAGGAGGAUGAUGAGCAUGGAGAUGAUGGCGACGAUGGAGACGUGGUGGUUGAGAAGAGGUGA